GGCAGCAGGAUGCUGCUCGCCUCACUCCCGCUGCUCGGGCUGCCCCUGGCGGGGGCGGCCACCACCGAAGCGCCCACCCAGGAGCCGGGGUCGUCCGGCGAGCCUCCCCCAGGGCUGGCGCUCUUCCGCUGGCAGUGGCACGAGGUGGAGGCGCCCUACCUGGUAGCCCUGUGGAUCCUGGUGGCCAGCCUGGCCAAAAUCGUGUUUCACUUGUCUCGGAAGGUGACAUCGCUGGUUCCUGAGAGCUGCCUGCUGAUUUUGCUGGGACUGGUGCUUGGAGGCAUUGUCUUGGCUGUGGCCAAGAAAGCUGAGUACCAGCUGGAGCCAGGCACAUUCUUCCUCUUCCUGCUGCCUCCUAUUGUGCUGGACUCGGGCUAUUUCAUGCCUAGCAGGCUGUUCUUUGACAAUUUGGGUGCCAUCCUCACCUACGCCGUGGUGGGCACGCUCUGGAAUGCCUUCACAACAGGUGCUGCCCUCUGGGGCCUGCAGCAGGCUGGACUUGUGGCCCCUCGAGUGCAGGCCAGCUUGUUGGACUUUCUGCUAUUCGGGAGCCUCAUCUCAGCAGUGGACCCCGUGGCUGUGCUGGCUGUCUUUGAGGAGGUGCACGUCAACGACACUCUCUUUAUCAUCGUCUUUGGCGAGUCCCUGCUCAAUGAUGCCGUCACCGUGGUGCUGUACAAAGUCUGCAACUCCUUUGUGGAGAUGGGCUCUGCCAACGUGCAGGCUGCUGACUACCUGAAAGGAGUCGCCUCCCUGUUUGUGGUCAGUCUGGGCGGGGCAGCUGUGGGCUUAGUCUUUGCCUUCCUCCUGGCCCUGACCACACGCUUCACCAAGCGGGUCCGCAUCAUCGAGCCGCUGCUGGUCUUCCUCCUCGCCUAUGCAGCCUACCUCACUGCUGAAAUGGCCUCGCUUUCUGCUAUUCUUGCGGUGACUAUGUGUGGCCUGGGCUGUAAGAAGUACGUGGAGGCCAACAUCUCCCAUAAGUCACGCACCGCUGUCAAAUACACAAUGAAGACUCUAGCCAGCUGCGCUGAGACUGUCAUCUUCAUGCUGCUUGGCAUCUCAGCUGUGGACUCUUCCAAGUGGGCCUGGGAUUCUGGGCUGGUGCUGGGCACCCUCUUCUUCAUCCUGUUCUUCCGAGCCCUCGGCGUAGUCCUGCAGACGUGGGUGCUGAAUCAGUUCCGGCUGGUCCCUCUGGACAAGAUUGACCAGGUGGUGAUGUCCUAUGGGGGCCUGCGGGGGGCUGUGGCCUUCGCUCUCGUCAUCCUACUGGACAGGACCAAGGUCCCUGCCAAGGACUACUUUGUGGCCACCACUAUUGUGGUGGUCUUCUUCACAGUCAUUGUGCAGGGCUUAACCAUCAAGCCACUGGUCAAGUGGCUGAAGGUGAAGAGGAGUGAGCAUCACAAACCUACCCUGAACCAGGAGCUGCAUGAGCACACUUUUGACCACAUUCUGGCUGCAGUGGAGGACGUUGUGGGGCACCAUGGCUAUCACUACUGGAGGGACAGGUGGGAGCAGUUUGACAAGAAGUACCUGAGUCAGCUGCUGAUGCGGCGGUCAGCCUACCGCAUCCGGGACCAGAUCUGGGAUGUGUACUAUAGACUCAACAUCCGGGAUGCCAUCAGCUUCGUGGACCAGGGAGGCCAUGUCUUGUCCUCCACAGGGCUCACUCUGCCCUCUAUGCCCAGCCGCAAUUCUGUGGCAGAGACCUCUGUCACCAACCUGCUGAGGGAGAGCGGCAGUGGAGCAUGUCUGGAUCUGCAGGUGAUUGACACAGUGCGCAGUGGCCGGGACCGGGAGGAUGCUGCGAUGCACCACCUGCUCUGUGGAGGCCUCUACAAGCCACGCCGCAGGUACAAAGCCAGCUGCAGCCGCCACUUCAUCUCAGAGGAUGCUCAGGAACGGCAGGACAAGGAGAUCUUCCAGCAGAACAUGAAGCGGCGGCUAGAGUCCUUUAAGUCCACCAAGCACAACAUCUGCUUCAACAAGAGCAAGCCACGACCUCGCAAGACUGGUCGCAAGAAGAAGGAUGGCUUGGCUAACACUGAGGCCACAAAUGGGAAACCUCUGCGAGACCUGGGCUUUCAGGACACAGCUGCUGUGAUCUUAACUGUGGAGUCUGAGGAGGAGGAGGAGAGUGACAGUUCAGAGACAGAGAAGGAGGACGACGAGGGGAUCAUCUUUGUGGCUCGGGCCACCAGUGAGGUUCUCCAAGAGGGCAAGGUCUCAGGGAGCCUUGAGGUGUGCCCAAGCCCACGCAUCAUCCCCCCCUCCCCAACCUGUGCAGAGAAGGAGCUACCCUGGAAGAGUGGGCAGGGAGAUCUGGCAGUCUACGUGUCCUCGGAAACCACCAAGAUUGUGCCCGUGGACAUGCAGGCGGGCUGGAACCAGAGCAUCUCGUCCCUGGAGAGCCUGGCGUCCCCGCCCUGUACCCAGGCCCCAACUAUGUCCCGCCUGCCUCCUUGCCCACUGGCCGCUGAAGAGCCCCAGCCCCCUUUCGACCUGCCUUACGAUCCACGCCCUAGCUUCGCCUUUCCACCAAGCCUGGCCAAAGCUGGCCGCUCUCGCAGUGAGAGCAGCGCUGACAUCCCCCAGCAGCAGGAGCUGCAGCCCCUCAUGGGACACGAGGACCGCACCCAUCUUAGCCCACGCACAGCCAACUCCCACUGGUGCAUCCAGUUCAACAAAGGUGGCCGGCUGUAGCCCACGGGCUCAAGGAGGAACAGGAGGCUGGACCCCCCUAUGGGAAGUCUUCCCUGGGCAAUGGACAGAGGAGCCCACUUAGCCUGACAAGGGGCCAGAAGAGCCUGAACUAGCAACUGGACUUCCUUGGGGCAGGUCAGAGGGGUAUCCUGGACUGGUCCUCACAGGGGCCCUUUCACCACCUUCCCUGCUCCUAAUCCCUGCCACCUUCCCUUUCAAUAAGGCCCUUACCCUGGCUCAAGACCCCGUCCAGAACUUCUAGGUCGUAGGCCCAGCCACUUGGGAAGCUGAUGCCCUUUCCUCAGUGGGUCCCCCUAGGGUCACUCUAGGCAGCUGUUCCUGCCCCCAAAGUGAGGGCAUCAUUCCAUAGCUGAUGCUGGCCUUUCCUGCCCUCCACCCACUCUCCAGCAUCAGCUCAAGGACAGUGCCCUGGCACUGAGGCUAUUCGAGGGGCUGGUCCUCAGAGAGAUGGGGUGGGAGGUGGAGCAGGCCUCAACCUUAGGCUUUGCUGCCCUGUUGGGUCCGCUACCUAUAGCCAGUUGUGGGGGGCAGGGAACAGUGGGAGCCUGUGUCCAAUUCUUGCUUUAUUUCCUUCCCUUUGCUGCCAGUUAUUGGGGCUGUAGUUCUUCCUUUUCCAGGAUCAAGGCCACAGGGCUAGGCCAGGCUUCAGAUCUGGGCUAUUUCUUGGCAGGGGUCACUCUGAAGAUCUGCUGCUCUGUAUCCAAGUCUGGAUCUUUCAGAUUCCUGGGUCUGGAUUUUCUGAGGAAGGGAGAUAGUGGCCUCUGGGCCAUGACCACCUUGACAUUCCCCAAAUAGGAAAGGAGCCAGGUAUUCCAGGGCCACCGUCUCACUGCUCUGGGGCUGGGAUACCUGGCUGCAGUGGUAAGCGGGCUGACUGGGUGGCAGGAAAAUUUCCUGGGGUUAGCACCUGUCCUGUGUCUUGUAUCUUGAACCUAAGACACAUUAAACAUCUCUCGGAUGAA